UGGAUCCAGAAGGAGAUGCGCAGAUCGAUCCAAACUGGGUGGUGCUCAAUCAGGGAAGAGAGAUUGUUCAGACCAUGAACAGUGAUCCUGGACUGGCUGUAGGCUACACAGCAUUCAAUGGUGUGGACUUUGAAGGGACGUUUCAUGUGAAUACUGAGACGGAUGAUGACUACGCAGGCUUUAUCUUUGGCUAUCAGGACAGCUCGAGCUUCUAUGUGGUGAUGUGGAAGCAAGUGGAGCAGAUAUAUUGGCAAGCCAAUCCUUUCCGAGCUGUAGCUGAGCCUGGCAUCCAGCUGAAGGCAGUGAAAUCUGACACGGGACCUGGAGAAUACCUGCGGAAUUCACUCUGGCACACAGGUGACUCGACAAACCAGGUGAAACUCUUGUGGAAAGAUUCCAGAAACGUUGGCUGGAAAGACAAGACCUCCUACCGCUGGUUCCUGCAGCACAGACCCCAAGAAGGCUACAUCAGGGUACGGUUCUAUGAAGGUCAGAAAAUGGUAGCAGACACAGGAAUCAUCAUCGACACAACCAUGAGAGGAGGCAGACUGGGAGUAUUUUGCUUCUCCCAGGAGAACAUUAUCUGGGCCAACCUACGCUACAGAUGCAACGAUACAAUCCCUGAGGACUUCGAGACAUUCAGAAGCCAGCAGAUCCAGCUUUUUUGAACUCAAACUCAACAGUUCUUCUUUUUAUAAUAUUAAUGAAUGCGAGUUGUAUAUUUCUGUUGCCUGUGUCAUAUUUUACACUCCAUUUUUGUGAACAGUAGUAGAGCUUUCCUCAUAACCCCCUAAUGACUGACAUAAAUGGAUGACACUGCAUUAGCACUGAGAAUUUAAAUAUAUAUGUAUUUUAAAAACACGUACAGAAAUACAGAUUACAAAAUAUAAAUGAUAUAACAAGAAGGCUCUGAUAUAUGCAGCUGAGACAUCAUGCACAUCCAUAUUCUGCAUUGUUUUUUUUUUUUUUAUGAGAAAGGAAAAGGACCAGCAAAACGACAAAGACGAAAUCAGUUCCUUCUACAAUCAGUUACCACAAAUAGGAGACAAAGAUGACCACACCAGCACAACGACUAUAGAACUGGGCGUUUGGAUAGAUCCAACCCAAUAAAAGCUCUAGACAACCACAAAUUAUAUAUCCUAAUAUACCGCCAACUCCAAUAAAGAGCGAGCACUGUUUAUGCUCACGACAUGAGAGAUCACAAAGAUUUGAUGCACAUUCUGUAACCUAACACUCUCACGAGCGCUUGGUUUACAGUGUCUUUUAAUACUUAUUAAACCUGCCUUAAGUGAGAUGACAGGUGGCGAAAUAAAAAUAUAUCAUCUUUACAGAAUGUAGAUGGCACUUAGUUUAUGCUAAUGCUAUGAUUUAAGGGGAAGGGUUGUCAUACUGCUCAGCUCUAUCCUAUGGGUCACUAUCGAUACGUUUAUCAAGAAAUACAUCCCAUCUAGUCAGCUACGUCCUUGUUAGUUUUAAUGGUACGGACAUGGUCACUAACUGCUCAGCAGUUCUAUUAAGGCUUAAAGGGGAAUUUAAGAUAAAGGGGGUUUGCUCUCACAAAUAUAAUUAGGACACAAAUGUAGGUUAAGUGCUGUUAGCUAAAACCGCUCCUGCAUGCUGCAUGUGCAUCAACAAUUAUUACUUGUCCAAUAAAUGCAUGCAGUCUGGGCACAUCUCCUAAUGUUUCACAGGUUAAAGCAACAAACAGAUUGAGCCCUUUUAUCGGUUUGCAUUGGGAAGUCACACAUAUAUAUACGCUUCCAGAAUUGUUUUCCCUCUGAAUUAUCAGUGCAAUACAGAAAACGGUUCACAAAGAACACCUUCACGAUAAACCGGGGUGGGGGGAGGGGCGCAUGUACAGGGUCGAACAGUCUGCAUUUUCAGAAGGUAAAACAGUCCAAGUUUCAGCUGAAGUUUCCAGAAGCAGCAGCCAGAAGAUUUAGAAGAAAUGCACACACAUCAGUAUGAAAGCUGCCGUAUCUUUGAGAUUUCUGACUGGAUUUCAGAGGGAAACCCAAGAUGCAAGGGCCGAGCAAAUCGACAGGGUGGGGGAAUGAGCCAACUGAAGAUAUCAAACAUGCUACGAUUGUGAGGAGUGGAAAAAAAAUGCUACCGUGACUGAAAACGAACAGAAAAACUAGCAUCGUAACAGAUCAGGAGAAAAAACGAUAGUGCUUUGGUCAAGCAUCGUCAAGCAGGUCUUUUGGUGUAAUGCAAUCAUAACACGGAGCCCCAUAAAUACAUUCUGUUUCUAAACAUGAUCAUAGAUGUGGUAAAAUGACACCACUAGCAUUAACUAAUACAUGCACAGUGUCUCGGGGGUCUACAUUGGUUUGUGUGCAGUGAAUCUUUUUACUGGAAUAAGCCAGGCUAAUGAAGACUUCAUACCAAAAAGCUAACGAAGACCUCAUUCUAAAGGUUUUUCUCAUUUUGACAUGCAGUCGUCAUAUUCCAGUGUUAAGCAUUAUGUACACUAUUUUCAGGAGAGAAACGCGCUCAUGGUAAACAUAUGAAAACUGAAUGGCACAGUUUGAAAAAGGAAAACUAAAGUGAGUAUUGCAGUUUUUGUUAAAUCUAAACCAACUAGUGUAUUCACCAUCUGAGCCAAUCCCUAUUUCUCAGCCCUAAAUAUGCUCUUUAUAUGCAACCAGAAAUAUUCCAGAUUGUUGGUUGAUUAAUUCGUUUAGAUUGCAUAGGAAUCACAAAUUGGAUUUGCACAGUUUUAAGAGUUAUUAUUUCCCUUAAAAAGACACAGAUGACCAAAAUGUAUCUGGCUGAUCCGAAAUUACUUAAACUUUAGCAGAAAACAUCUUGUUCAACUGCCAAAAACUUAAAUUUGCUCUUCAUUACCUGUAUUAUAAACAUGUUGUUUUCAGACUGACAAGGUAGAUACAGUGGGGUCCAAAAA